GACCAAAACACACAACACAACCCUAUCUAUACCUCUCUUUCUUCCUCUCAUCCUCUCUCAUUUCCAAAUUUGAAAUCAUCACCUCAUCAUAUACAUAUACAUAUAUAUAGGGGUUAAUAUUUGAGAGACCAAACAAACAAAAAAAAGAUUUUGUGUAAGAUGGAGAAACAAGCAAAAUACCAAGACAAGAUAUUGAAGUUCUUGCCCAGAGCAGCUUCUGUGAUCACUUUUCAGAACCCACCGUUUAGUCCAAACAGAGAUAAUAGGAUGAUGAGAUCUGAGAACGCAAGUAAGCAGCUAAAGCUGGCUCAUGGAAGAGGAUUUUCAGGCCCAAUAAUCUCCAUGAUUCAUGACGAGGCUCGAAGAAAGCCCAAGAAUGGUGAUGAGACCCAAGAUCAAGACCCAACUUCGCCCAAAAUCUCGUGUAUGGGUCAAAUCAAGCAGAGCAGUAAGAAGAAGAAGAAGAACAAGUGUGAAAAGGUUAAUAAUAAUGUUGUUAUGAACAACAACAAACGAGUUUCGUCGGUGGUUCAUCAGGAAGCUAAACCGGUCACGCGGUCACCACGUGAGGUGAAGAAGCAGGCGUCGGCCAUUAAGAGGAUCUUUAUGAGUAGUAGUAGUAGUAGAAAAUCUAAUAAUGCUUCUGUUGAUGAUAAAUCAACGCUUCCUGAUAGAGCUCCUUCUUUGAGUCAAAUGAAGCGAUUCGCUAGUGGGCGAAGUGAUCCUUUUUCGAAUUUUGAUUGGGCGGCGGCUCAGGUUACACCACUGGACUCGGAUCACCGGAAUAUUUGCUAUUCCGAUCACGAAGGAGGUAGUGAUCAAGACGAUGAAGAUGAAGAGAUAAGGAUUCCGUUCUCGGCCCCUAUGGUGGUUGGUGAAGGAGUGGCUUUACAGCCAAGGAAGGAAAUUAAUCUAUGGAAAAGAAGAACCAUGGCUCCUCCUAGGCCUCUUGAGAUCAGAGCAAAUUAAUUAAUUAAUAAAUUCAUUUUCUUUUUCUUCUCAUUUUGGAAGUCUACUUUUGUCUAUAUCAUGAAUUUGUUAUGAAAAUGUAAUAAUAGGAUUUGUUGGCAUGUAAUAAUGCUUACUUAAUUAUAUACAUUUUAUAUAAUAUAUAAUAUUAUUUUUUUUUUGAUAAA